AAGCACUUCAUAUGAAAAAGUGUCAGAGGGAGAAAUCACAUUUAGUCCCAAUGCCUGGAGCCUAUAUACCUCAAUGUGAUACGGAUGGAAGUUACAAACCAAUGCAGUGCCAUGAUAGUACUGGUUUCUGCUGGUGUGUGGAUAGGAACGGUACAAAAAUCUUGGGAACUGAAAAGCAAGGACUGGUAAGCUGUGAAGCACAUCAAAAGACAAAAUGUGAGCAAGAGGCAUCCCGUGUGGUCCUUAUGCUUGGAGCCUUCGUACCUCAGUGUGAUGAGAAAGGUGAUUAUCUUCCAAAGCAGUGUCAUGGUAGUACUGGGCACUGCUGGUGUGUGGACAGGAAUGGAACAAGGAUUGCAGGAACUUUACGGCAUGGAGAUGCCACCUGCCAAGCAACUGACAUUCAGAAGAAGUGCCGUAGAGAAGCAGCAAAAGUGAUUCGAAUGCCUGGAGCCUUCACUCCACAGUGUAACUAUAAAGGAGAUUAUCGCCCGAUGCAGUGCCAUGGUAGCACUGGGCAGUGUUGGUGUGUAGAUGUGAAUGGAGACAAGAUUUUGGGAAGUGAGCACCAGGGACCAGUUGAUUGCAAAGCACAUGAUGUUCAGACAAAGUGCCAGAGAGAGGCAGCAAGAGUGAAACCAAUGCCUGGAGCUUACAUUCCUCAGUGUGAUAAGAAGGGGGAUUAUCAGCCAAAACAGUGUCAUGGCAGCACUGGGCUUUGUUGGUGUGUGAGCAGGCAUGGAGAGAUGUCAGGCACUAAACAAAGGGGAGAACUGAAAUGUCCAGAGCACGCUCAGACAAAGUGUCAGAAGGAAGCAGCAAGGGUGACCCCAAUGCCAGGAGCCUUCAUUCCAAAAUGUGAUGAAAAGGGUGCUUAUCUUCCUAUGCAGUGCCAUGCUAGCACUGGGCGCUGCUGGUGUGUUGGUCGGCGAGGAAAAAAGUUUGUAGAGACAGAACAGCUUGGAGAAGUUAGCUGUGAAGGAGUUGGCAAUCUGACAAAGUGUGAAAAAGAAGCAGAAAGUGUACCAUUUGGAAUUGUGGGUGCAUACAUGCCACAAUGCAAUGAACAUGGACACUAUGAACCAAUACAGUGCCACAGUAGCACAGGGUACUGCUGGUGUGCGACACAGAACGGCACAAAAAUCCCUGGAACUGAGAUACGUGGAACACCAAAGUGUGAUGAGCACGCUCAGACAAAGUGUCAGAAGGAAGCAGCAAGUAUAACCCCGAUGCCAGGAGCCUUCAUUCCACAAUGUGAUGAAGAAGGUGCUUAUCUUCCCAAGCAGUGCCAUGGUAGUACUGGGUUCUGUUGGUGUGUUGAUCAUUUGGGACAAAAGUUGUUAGGGACAGAACAGCGUGGAAAAGUUACAUGUAAAAGUUAAAUUCCAUUCCUCCAUCCCUUUUAAAAGAUUAUUAGAACCAUGUCUUCAGCUCUUAACUUCUGCAUCAUCCUCAUCAUCAUCAGGAUGCUAAAAGGCGAACUUUGAUCUUGUGAAAUGGCUGUUAUUAAAUUAAGUAACUGAAAAGUCCACACUACUAAAGGACAUUGAAUAUUACUUUUUUUCUAAUGUGUUCCCUGAAUGUAUGAGCUGUCACGUUUUCAAAUAUGCAGAGAAUAUUUUUAAGUAAUUCCAUAGACAACCACUAUUUAAUUUUGCUUUGAAACAUGUCACAAUAUUGCAUUUCUUGUUCUUGUACUAUAUAAUUUGUUGACUGGCCCCACAUACAAUGCAUCUAAGGAGAUGAAGACGGUGAGAUGUAAGUCUACAAACAGUAUGUAAAACCUGCUACAAGAGUUCAUGUUUAAAGUAACUGACUAAUUUUCUAACAACACCACUGCUACUUGGUCUAGGUACCUAAAUGCAGCUUUUUGAGAAAUAACAUUUUAAAUAAAAUACACUUUAAAUAAUACAUGUUAAAUUUAUUACACAUGUAAUAAAUUGUGUCUAAAUUAAA